AUGGGAAAUAAGGCAUCUAAGCCGUCGAGGAAACUCGCAAAUACGAUAUCGAAGAAUACAAAUACAAAUAUUAAUCGUUCAUCCAAUAUUAACCAAUUGCCAUCAGAAUUCUUAAAGGAAAAGUACGAGCAGAAUGCCAUUCAAAAAGAACUUAAAGAACACCAAAAACAAUUCACACCGGAUGAGAGCCUCAAUCAAGGUGACCAAAUGCAUAUAUUAAACCCUAAUACCAAGUUUGACCCCAAGCUUUUGAAUAAAAAGCUCAAAAAUUCACAGCAAACCAAACCGCAAGCACCAGCACUGCAGAAGAGUCAACCACCCCAAAUGCCGGAAGGAAAAGACGGAUUUGACCCUCAUGUUGGUUCUUAUGACCAAAAUUUCAUCAAUUCAGUUACAAAUUUGGGUAAAAAUAUACAUUCCACUACAUCUGAUUCACAGAUAAACCCAAACUUUUCGGCAUUAACUCAGUUAAAAAAUCGUAAAACGUUAUAUGAGAAAGGACAGAAAGAACUAGAGACACAAAUGGAUCCUCACGGGCCUGCCUCAGCCUCUCAGCUUGGUGAGAAUAAGGAUGCGAUCAGAACCAUGAUUCAUCCCCGUACCAUGGGUGCUAUUUUAAACGAUCUCAGAGAUCCAAGAAUGACCAAAGAUAGGAUCACUUUAGACUACCAAUUACGUCCAGGGUUUUUGCAAGAACUUGGUUCUAGAUUUAAGGUUGCUACUACGACUCAACCUCUUGAAGAGCAUACGAAAGACGAUGAGAUCGCUCCGAAGGAGGCUCCAAGUAAAUCCAUGAUGGAUUUUAACGAAAACGACGAGUUGGCCGAAUCAGUUGAUCAAAAUAGAUUGAAUGCAUUGAAAAGUAGAUUGGGUAUGGAUGAUGAACCUGAAAACACCGAUCCUAAGAAGAGUUGA